GUCAAAUCUCGCGGUUAGGCAAUGUAUUUGUCGUCACUCUUCACUGCCACGCUUCCAAACACGUUAGGCAGCUGUCAUGGACCACAUUAAAGAUGGAUGGUUUACAGAGUCUUGUACGCUAUGGCCAGGGCAAGCAAUGAGUCUCCAAGUAGAGGAGGUCCUCUACCACAAGAAAUCCAAAUUUCAAGAUGUUAUGGUUUUCAAGAGCAAAACCUACGGAAAUGUGCUGGUGCUGGAUGGAGUGAUCCAGUGCACAGAGAGGGACGAGUUUGCCUAUCAGGAAAUGAUUGCAAACCUUCCCCUGUGUAGCCAUCCUUGUCCUAAGAAGGUGCUCAUCAUUGGUGGCGGAGACGGGGGUGUGCUAAGGGAAGUGGUGAAGCAUCCGCUGGUGGAAUCAGCGGUUCUUUGUGAGAUAGACGAGGAUGUGAUUAAUGUGUCAAAGAAGUUCCUGCCAGGGAUGGCCAAAGGGUUUUUCAGUCCCAAGCUCACCCUCCACAUUGGUGAUGGCUUUGAAUUCAUGAAGCAGAAUCAGGACGCCUUUGACAUAAUAAUAACAGAUUCAUCAGACCCAGUGGGACCUGCUGAGAGCUUGUUCAAGGAGUCUUACUACCAGCUGAUGAAGGCAGCAUUGAGAAGUGGUGGAAUUAUUUGUUCCCAGGGUGAGUGUCAGUGGCUCCAUUUGGAGCUGAUAAAGGAGAUGCAGACCUUCUGCAAAACCUUAUUCCCUGUGGUGGACUACGCCUACAGCACCAUUCCAACUUAUCCCAGUGGCCAAAUUGGAUUCAUGCUCUGCAGUAAAAAUCCUGAAACAAAUUUCAGGGAACCAGUGAAAGCACUGUCAAAAGAAGAGAAGGAAAGUAUGAGCCUUAAAUAUUACAACCCUGAAAUUCACAAAGCGUCGUUCGUUCUCCCAGAGUUUGCAAGAAAGGUGCUCAGAGAAGCAUGACCAGCAGCAAAGGGCCAUGUGCAUCCUUCAGCCAACCCUUAGAACAUGGAUAAACAACCUUUUUCGAUGGCUUCUUGAACUCUACGUAGUUAAACGUCAUCCCAAGAUUUUCAGUUCAGAGAAAAUAUUGAUUUUUGAGCCGGUCUUGCACACUCUUGUGUUGUCUUUCAGUUCUUCAUGUAAUUGUCUUAUCUGCAUUUUGUGAAGCAAACCUAACCUCAUUCUGAAAUGUUGUUUUUGUUUUUAACUCUGUUUUCUGUAAAACAAUAAAUUACACAUAGCACAACAUGUGUAAUUGUUACAUGGAGUAUAGGAACCGCUCUACCAUUUACAGGUCAAGUGAAUAAUACUUUGGCAGGUGGCUUCAAUUUUAUUGUGUCUGAUUGGUGUAUGUAAUCCUCUACUGCACAUUUAUUUUGUGACCUUUUAUUAUUUUGAUAUCUUGUCACAAUCAUGGUUCAGAAUACUGUCCACUACACAGAAACCCUAUAGUGCCUGAAACUGGUUGCGCUUAACCUACCAGUCUUAUGGUCUCCUACUCAGAAGCUAAAUGGAAAAAGAUCCCUUUAAACAAAACAAAGCACCUAAUUGGUUUAGUUAAGGCUCAGCUUUGAGCGUCAGUUAUCGAAUACUGUAAAGAGAUCACAUUACAUGCAAACUUAGAAAUGUUACCAGAGCUGUCCAGUCCACGAAUAGUCUUAACAUAUGAAUUCAUUAUGCAGUUAUAGCAUGCAGUAUUGGGUCUUGAUUACUGGGUGUACUGUUUGUACUGUGUAAGAGUCUGACUGCAGGAUGUGAGAUCGUUUCUUUAAAUGGAAAUGUAAUAGUUCAGUGAUUUGAGCUAAUGUAAGACAUGAUUUACUGUUAGCUAUGGCUACCUUGACUCUUUACUGGGACAUGGUGUUAUACCUGAAUGAAUGAAUUUGUCUUUUUUUUAUAAGAAUCAUGAACUGUAAUAAACUGGUAACGCAAUAUUAAUGUA